AUGAGCCUAACCGCACAUUUUGUUGAUGACGAAUGGAAGCUACAAAAGAGAAUUCUCAACUUUUACUUGAUUGAGAACCACAAGGGAGAAACAAUAGGGAGAGAAAUUGAGACAUGUUUGAGAGAGUGGGAAAUUGAAAAGGUCUUCACAAUCACAUUAGACAAUGCAUCUUCAAAUGACGGGGCUAUCACUUACCUUCAAAGAAAAUUAGCCGCAAAGGGUGGAUUGGUGUGCAUACGAAAAUAUUUGCAAAUGAGGUGUUGUGCUCAUGUUCUCAACUUGAUAGUGAAUGAAGAAAUUAAAGAGCAACAUGCCUCCAUUGAAAGCAUUCAGAAUGCUGUUAGAUGGUUUGGAGAGGAUAGUGGGGGUAAAAAGAAUGUUGGUCCACCCACGGCACUUGAUUGGCAACAUGCUAGGCUAUUCAUUGAUUUUUUGAGAAUCUUCUAUGAGAUUACUUUGUGUUUCUCAACUUCUUUACAUGUUACUUCAAACAAAUGCUUUCAUGAAAUUGCAUCUAUAAAUUCUCAACUAACAUCUUGGAGCCACAACAAUUCUGAAUUAUUGGGAACUAUGGCAUGCUCUAUGAAGGCUAAAUACGAUAAAUAUUGGGGACCAGUUGACAAGUUUAAUCCUUUGAUACUUGUUGCCGUUGUUUUAGAUCCUCGCUACAAAUUUGAUUAUCUUUCUUGGUGUUUAGAUGAUGUAUAUGAUAAGGAAGUGGCUACUAGUAUGACUAGUUUUGUGAAAUUUAUAUUAGAGACAUUGUACAAAUUUUAUUCAAAAGAAAUUGUAGAUAAGAAAGUUCUUGAUGAUGGUGGCGGUUCCUCUAGAGCUGUUUUGAAUGAUAAAAAUAGUGGUCAGUCUAGUGCUAAGGGUGUUGCUGCAAAUAGAGUGAAUUUAUGGAAAAAACAAAAGAAGGAAAAAGCUAAUGCAGAUAGCAAAUCAGAUGUUGAGAAAUAUUUGGCUGAAGAUCCUGUAGACGUGGAAGAUGAGAAUUUUGAUAUAUUGACUUGGUGGAAAUUAAAUGGAUCAAAAUAUAGAAUUCUUUCUCCCAUAGCCCAUGAUGUCUUUUGGUAUUCCAGUUUCAACUGGUGCAUCUGA